AUGUGUGUUUUGCUUCUCAAACUAUUCGCGAUAUCACUCUCUUCAGCGUGUUACCCUACUGCCUGGAAAACUACACAUAUCAUUCCCAAAAUUAAAACAGGACCUGAAGCAAACGUUGAAAAUUACCGGCCUAUAAACAUAACUUCAGUGGUAUCCAGAGUGAUGGAAAAAGUAGUUAAGGCGGCUGUAGUCCAACAUCUACUAACUAAUAAUCUCAUCUCGACCUCCCAGCAUGGAUUUCUUAGGUCCAGAUCAUGCGAUACAUGCCUAGUAGACUACCUGAAUGAUAUAACUCUGAAACGAGACAGCGGACUCCUUGUAUCAGUCCUAUUCCUUGACUUUAAGAAAGCCUUUGAUAAGGUCCCACACAAAAGGCUACUCGUCAAACUAAAGUCCUUCGGAAUACACAACCCACUGUACUCAUGGUUUGCUUCGUUCUUAACAGAACGUAAACAGAUGGUAAAGUACAAUGACUGUCUCUCGUCCCCUAGACCAAUCACCAGUGGAGUCAUCCAGGGAAGCGUAUUAGGUCCACUUUUGUUUCUUAUGUAUAUAAACGAUAUAUGUAACACCAUAGAAUUUGGGAAACCAUACUUAUAUGCUGAUGAUCUCAAAAUAGUAUACAGCUAUAAGCCUGAGACACUAAGCGAAAGUGUAUCCCAGAUCCAAAAGGACCUCAAUAACUUAACUAUAUGGAGUGAAAAAUGGCAAUUACCAUUUAACCUCAACAAGUGCGGGAUCAUGCACUUUGGAAAGCAUCCCUAUAAACCGCGACUUCACUUAAAUGAAUGUAGAGUCCAAACAUUCGAAUCAGUACACGAUUUAGGAAUUAAUUACACAGGAAGCCUAAACUUUGAAGAACAUGCCUCCUCUAUUAUUUCUAAAUCUAGACGGCUAAUUGGUUUUAUAAUGAAAAACUUUUUCACAACAGAGGGUAAACUUACUCUCUACAAAAUAUGUGUACGACCCUCCCUUGAAUACUGCUCUUUUGUCUUCUCUAAUAUGAAUAUCGCAGACAAGAUAAGAGUAGAAGAUGUUCAAAGACGUUUCACACGUCAACUACUAGGAUGUAACUCGAAUCUCGAUUACACAGAAAGAUGUAAGCAUCUAUCUUUAGAACCUUUAUGGCACCGUAGGCUAAAAAACAAUUUAAUAUUUCUCUACAAAGCGAUAUAUGGGCUCUCCUUUCUAACCUCCUGCCCGACUAUCACCCACGACCCAGCCUAUAGACUUAGAAACAACGCAUAUACACUACUUACCGUAAAACACCAAAAACAAAUGCGUUGUAAGUUUUUUACAGUACGGUACAGUUUAUUGUGGAACAGGCUGCCAAUGCCUAUCCGUAACUGUGAUACGUUUACCAGAUUCAAAAAGCUAAUAACCCUAUUUCUAGACUCCAAAGAGCUUCAACAUUUCCUUGAACUCCCGCCCACCAAGGAGGCACUUUAUUACGGACCGCCUAGUGUCUAG